AUGGCCCUCUCCCAACCCCCUGUACGCCUAACAUCGCAAAAAAACUUCACAUACCGACUUGUCCUCGCAACUCUUACAGGCAAGCCAGUCCACAUCUCCCAAAUCCGCUCCAAUUCUCCUUCAAACCCCGGUCUCGCCUCCCACGAAAUCUCAUUUCUACGACUCCUCGAAGCAGUCACCAAUGGCUCGCAAAUGGAGAUCUCAUACAGUGGUACCAUCAUCGUGUACAAACCCGGUCUGAUCACCGGCAGUGCCGCGGGACUCGGUACGACGAGUAACGGAGUGAUAAAACAUGAAAUACCAUCCAAUUGCACGAGGGGGAUUAGUUAUUUCUUGAUCCCCUUGUGUCUUCUUGCACCUUUCUCGAAAGCGCCAAUGAAUGUGCUUUUUACGGGACCUGGUGUAAUUACCUCUGCGACUCCGGUGGGUGAUAUUUCGGCAGAUGCGGUGCGAAUGGCGAUUUUACCGUUGUAUAAGAUGUUUGGGAUUUUUAAUAACAUUGAACUGCGCAUAUUACAACGAUCGAAUCCCGGUCAUAAUGGGAAAGGUGGUGGUGGAGAGGUGCAGUUGGUCUUUGGACAUCAGACUGUUCGUGGUGUGGCUUAUUCGACUGGUGUCUCGGCGUCGAAUAAUGCACGUAUGAUUCAGACUGCAAGGGGCGUACUUAAUCCUUUGGUUCCGGAUACGUAUAUCGCAUCUGAUGCGUCACCCGCACUGCUCGUUCCUGCGCCUGAAAAGUCUAAUCCAGGUAAUAAGAAGAAGAUUGGUCUUGGGUUUGGUUUAUUCCUGGUUGCAGAGUCUUCGACGGGCUGUUUGUAUUCUGCUGAUAUCGCUUCGCCGCCGGAUGGUGGCGUGCCACCUGAGGAUAUUGGUAAGCAAUGUGCGUACCAACUACUGGAAACAAUUUCAAAGGGUGGAUGUGUUGCGCCCGCCGCUGCUCCAACAAUGUUAAUGCUCAUGGCCAUGGGUUCAGAGGACGUUGGGCGAUUACAACUUGGACGAGAGGUGCUUGGAGACGAAGCAAUGAUUCAAUUUGCGCGAGACUUGACGAAAUUUGGAGCUGCGGGAUGGGGUAUUCGAGAUGCACCUGGAGAUAAUCAUGAUGGUGAUGUGGUUGUUAGUGUUGUUGGGAAGGGUAUUGGGAAUGUGGGACGGAAGAUUGCUUGA